CCGACUGCGCGUGCACGUGCGUGCACAGCAAGAUGGAGCUGGUCAGAGAUUUCGGAGAUCCCCACGUCCUGACGCUCGCCGAAGAUCACAUCGUCCUCAAACUGGACACUGCAUUUGCGCGGGACGCAAUUCUUCCGGAAGGUCUCUCGAUCGCCGACGAGCACGGUUUCCUCCUAGUCGCGAACCAGAGAUCUCUGGUUUCAGCAUCGAAGACAGCUUUACUACGUGGGGUCACGAUCUCGAAGGCCCUGUUCUGCGGAUGCGCAUCCUUUGACUCCUCGGACUGCUACGGCCGGGUCGCCGGUAGGCUGCUCCGACAAACCCAGGAGCUAUGCAUCAUACACAACAAGGACAAGGUGUACAAUCUUAUCCGCAUGUUCCCGAACGUCGAGAUCCUUGCUCUACCGCACGAUCUUUGCACACAUGCCUUGGAAUUGGACGAGCCCUGCAGGGACCGCUCUGCACCGCUGGUCGAACGGAGCAAACUGAAGGAACUGGUGGGCAGCAUUGGCAGCUUCCGCGAUGGUUGCAUUGUUCUGAGUCCCGAGACUACGCUGGCGAUAAUGCGCACUUGUCCUGACGUACGUCGCCUCGACUCGUUCUGGGUCGUGAAGUGCUUCAAGGAGCUGCACGGCUUGCCCGCCUCGGUCAAAUGUCCUAGAACGGAGAGAUUCAUCCACCUCUGCCUUCUCUUGCAUAACUGGACGUCAAGUGAAAGGCUACCGAGCAUAUUCAUAGGCGAUGACGUCACGCUUGCUGCGAAGUUUCCAUCGAUUAAAAGGUUGCAGGUAAGAACACAUUGAGGGCAAAACACACUAUGCACAUGGAACAACUGAACAGAGGAGUACUGCGUACUUUUCGUUGUACUGCGUUGCUUUUCCGUACCAUCAACAAAAUCAUGAUAAUGA